UAGCGCGCGAAACAAAAUUCACUAAUCCCCGCCGCUUUGCAACCAAAUGCAGUGAUAAAGCGAAGUGUAGGCUGCUGCCGUAGGAUAGUGUGUGCGAAAGCCGCUUCUACGUUCGCAGAUAUAUUCCUGCCCCACUGUGCACGUAUAAACUGUAUAUACACACGUAUAGGCUGAUAGCGCUACAUACAGCCUCAUGGAAGAGAGAGAGCGUUCAAGAGGACAGCCGGAGCCGGAGAACCAUAGGAUUCAGUCGAUCGUAGGAAGUGCAGUGAUCAACUCGGCUCGGCGGACACGUGCGCGCCUUUGUAAAGAAACACAAACGCACGCGCCGUGAUUAUCAUUAAUGUAUGCCGAUUAGCAAGAGCGCGGUCUCGCUGGCUGUUCUAUCAUGCCCGAAAGUAUGACGAGGGGAUCAAUAGGCCGCAAACAAGCUGGGUGUGUCUUGAAUGACCGGAAGAGGGAAAGAACAUCGAUGAACUGACGGAUUUUCCGUGAAGAUGCCGUAAUUCGUGCCGAGUGUGUCCGGGGACAGUUACAGUGUACAUAACAGCGAUCAUGUUCUAUCCGCAGCGAGCAAUGCGUCAGAUCUCGGAAAUUUCCUAUGUGGGAGGUUUCAAAUUGAUAAGGAUGACGACUAAUCGGGAGGGUGAGACUGCAGUGACCAUCCCACUGCAGUACAAUGAAGCUCAUUGGAAAGCUAUUUUUGAAAAGUAUGAUCUUGAUGGAGAUGGAAAGAUAUCAUUACAAGAACUAAAAGCAAUGAUACAAGGUCCAGAAUUUUGCAAGGACAUCCCUGCUGGAGUAGUCCGCACGAUAAUGCAUAAAUCGGAUCUGGAUGAAUCUGGUUACUUGGAAUAUCCAGAAUUCAUAGCAAUGAUCCAUAGAAAGGACAUGCAGGGUAUAUUUGGACAUCUUGUGCAACGAUACGUUCACUGUGUGGUACCUCAACGACCAAUCCGCGCGUUACGGCAAACUUCUGUAGGCUCGAGGUAUUAUCCCCAACGACAAAUCAGUAUUGUAAUGCACGCACCACCUUCUCCUCCUCCUUCGAGCUUUGGUGAUUCUCCCCAGGCUGCUAUGAUUAGUAAAAGACUCAGCCGUUCUGCACGUUUUACUGGUCUACAACAACAAACAAGUACAAUAACGGAAUCUUCUCUGUACUCUAGCGACUAUCCAGAUGGACUGUACGAAGAAGAGUACAGUUGUCGACCGCCGGCUGUAGCAAUGAUAAUCAUAUCGAUAAUAGAAAUCAUUUUGUUCAUGUAUGAUGUGAUUAAGCACAAAUCUCUUUCUGUAGAAGGACCAGCGGCUCAGUUAUUUAUUUAUAAUCCGCACAAGAGAUACGAAGCCUGGCGGUAUCUUACAUACAUGUUUGUACACGUCGGAGUCUUUCAUUUGGUGGUUAAUCUACUGGUACAAAUUAUGUUGGGUAUUCCACUAGAAAUGGUUCACAAAUGGUGGAGAGUAUUGAUAAUAUACAUAGCUGGAGUCUUGGCCGGUUCUCUCGGUACGUCCGUUUCUGAUCCGACGGUUUAUCUGGCCGGUGCAUCGGGCGGAGUUUACGCGCUAAUCACUGCUCACGUAGCGACUAUCAUAAUGAACUGGUCGCAAAUGGAAUUUGCCGUGCUACAAUUAUUAGUGUUCCUCGUUAUCACAAGUGUCGAUGUCGGUCAAGCCGUGUAUAAUCGUUACGUACUCGAUACCCACGACCAAAUCGGCUACGUGGCUCAUUUGGCUGGCGCUAUAGCAGGUCUUCUAGUAGGCAUAAAUAUUCUCCGAAAUCUUGAGGUACAAACUUGGGAGAAAUUUAUUUGGUGGGCCAGCAUAUUUACUUACACGGGUCUCAUGACCGCAGCUAUUUUGUGGAAUGCAUUAUACCCUUCGUAUUACGAAUGAUGAUAUUCGAAUCGGUAUUUAUCUCUUAUCUGACGACAUACACGUAUAUUGAUAGAUACAAAUGUAUUAUUAUUGAAAGAGAAAUAACUUGCCUUGAAGUUGUUGGUAAGUAAUUGCAGGAGACAUUUAUUGCUCCUUCGGGGAUUACAAUUUUAUAUACAUUUUCUUAUAUACAUAUUUCAUUUCUACGUAUUUUUCUUAUAUCUUAACUUUUAUGCUUACAAUUAUUCGAAAUCUAAAUUCACGCUUACUCUCUAAUCAUCUGUCACACAUAUACAUAUAUACUGUCUUGCUUGCCCCUAUCUAAAUUUCUCUCUAAACCACCUCUUUCCUCAGGACUUCUGUCACCGUUUACAACUGACCUUCCAGUUUCUCCAUCUUCUGCACAUUCCUUAUUCCAUAUUCAUCCUUCUUUUAUGCACUCCUACUUAUCUCUUCUCAUUCUCUUUACCACCAUUCCCUUUUUAUCCACCUCUCUUAUCUAUUUCCUUUUUCUUCUCUCUUCAACAUCUUGUCACCUUUUGCUAACAUUUUUCCUCUCGCUUUUUCCAACACUUCUCUCUCCAGUACAUAUUCCCAUGAUUCUAUCUCGUUUUCACAUAAUUUACAUUUUCUCCUCUGUUCAUUAUCCUCCCAAUACCUAUCCUCUUUUAUUUUAUUUCCCAUCUUAUAUCGUAUCACCCUUCUGCUCUCUUCCUAUCCUUUUUUUCAAGUAUCCUGCAAAACCCACUUUCCUUCACUCUUUCAUAUCAGAUAUCAUAUUACUUUAAAAUUAUAGGUCUCUACAUAAAUUUACUAUAUAUUUUUAUACGUUAGUUGAUAUAAAAAUAUACUCGCGUUAUAUUAUUUUAUAUUAAUUCAAAUUGUUAAUAUAAAAUAAUGGAUUCUUAGAAUCGAGCAAAGUAGUUCAUAUUUUCAUAUAUAAACUUUAUUGUGAAAAGAACUAAAACUAGAAUUUGUAAUAAAAAUAUAGUAAGUAUUUUUAAACGCAGUAUUUUUUAAGUAUGCAUAUUUGAGAGCAAAUAGUAGAACAACAGAUUCUGUGAUACUUUUGCUACAUGUAUUAAAUGUAUGCAAUUAUUUGCAUGCUUGACAAAUUGAAUGAUGACAUCAAAGCUAUACACGAAAUAUUAAUAUUUUUAUUUUUAUGAACUAUUAUCUUAUUGUUUGAAAAUCCAUAGAAAAAAACUACCUCUUGUAUGCACAACACUCUUGCGCACAUAAAUGUUAAUAUUUCAAUAUUACUUCAUUAUUUACACAAAUACAUUUUAUUUUCAAUAAUUUGAAUGACGUACAGAAUCUAAGAUGUAAAAUAAUUGUAAUAGCUGAAUUGCUAACUAAAUCUAAAUUAUAUAUAUAUAUAUAUAUAUAUAUAUAUAUAUAUAUAUAUAUAUAUAUAUAUUGCCAUUUUAUCCACUUUGAAGACGCUUUACGACUAAAAUAGAACUGAGAAGAUUGCGUUUUCUCAAAUGUUGGUUAAAUAAAAAAACAAAAUAGAAUUUAUAACUUGUAUGUGUUCCAUAAUUCAAAGAUGUAAAUAGGAUAUAAAAUUGCGUUUUACAACAAAAAAAAAAGAGUAUUUUCUUGUUUCAUGAAAACAUUGCAAUUAGAUUCAUGAAUUGUUACCUAUAUUAUUAUAAACAUGGAGGUAAUAUUAUACUCACAGAUACAAAUAGUAUGUGUUGACAUUUUUGGAGAUUUUGAAGAUUUAUUUAUUUUAUCUUAAAUUUAUAAGUAAUAUGUAUUACACAUGGUUUAUUUCAUGUACCUGAUUUGCACGAAUAUAUUAAUUUAUAAAACAAUUACUCGGAUACGUAACGUGAAAAAAACAGCUUUAUAAUUUGUUCAUAAUACAAAUUACUAAAAUUAUUGAAAAUUACUGGAUAUUGCUUUGACGUAUCUUUUGUGUGUGUGUGCGUGUGAACAAAAGAUAUUAUGUGUAAAUAAUUUUUUUUAGAACAUAUUAUAAACUAUAGUUAAUCUUUAAUUGAUUGCAAUAGACAUUGCAGCAGCAACUAUUGUAACCUUAAUUUAGAUAGUAAUAACUUUGUUUUAAAAUUUCUAUAUUUUAUUCGAUCAAGAUAGUGCAGCCGUCCGUAUCUUUCUGGAAACAAUUGUCUUUAUUAAUUUGUAUAAUGUGACGAGUAAAGCUGCUAUUAUAAGUUGGAUGCUUAACUCUUUCAGUCACGCACUUCGAGGAUUAAGUGGAUUUACAUUAUGCAUGCUGUUAUAGAUUUGUUAAGUCACUGAAUUCAAAUUUGCUGUCAGACUUCUGAAAUUCAAAAUAGCGGAUUAAAAUACUUGAAAUUUAAAUCUAUUUGCAUGAAUGCGUUCGAUAGUCCAUGUACAAAUAAAUUUAAUGUAAAAAAGUAUAUCAUUUUUUAUUAAUUUGUUUAUAACAACAAAAAGUUCAAUAGUAUUGAUACAUAUGUGAUAUAAUAAAAAAUAUAAGAUAUAAAAGAUGUCUUAUGUUGCGCUGUGACUGAAAGAAUUAAAAAUAAAAGGAUAUGUGAAUUAUAAUUACAUAAUUUACAAUAUAAUUAUAAAUAAAUGUUAUUUAUAUAUA